AUGCUGCGAAUCAACCUCCUCCAGACCCUGUUAGUGUCGCUUAUGCUCCUUGCCCUGGUCUUUGCGACGGAGUAUCCAGUGAUCGACAAGGUGCAUCGUGAGUCUCAGUCUCUCCAGGAUGUCCUGGCCAGCAUCAACGUGAACUCCAUUCACGAGGCCCUGCAUGCCUUCUCUCGCAAAUUCCAACACGGCGUUUUCCCGACUGACAUGAGCGCCGCCGAGGCCCUGCAAGAUGAUGAUGAGACUAUUGCAAGCCUGGUGAGGCUGGCCAGACGGGCCAGCAACACGACCGCUGCAUCGGAGCCGACUACUUCGGCAGAGUCUACCACCACGUCGGCAGAUUCUACCACCACCACGGCGCCGGCUACCACCACUGCGGCGCCCACGACUUCCUCCACCUCGGAGUCCUCAACCACUUCGGUUCCCAGCUCGACGUCCAGCUCGAGCUCGGUCGCCUCCACCACCACGGUGCCCACCACCACGACGGCAAGCUCGAGCUCAUCAUCCUCGACGAGCUCCAGCACUACCUCGACUAGCUCAGUGCCCUCCACUCUCACCACCACGACCAGCCACUCGUCCUCAUCCUCAUCUACUACCUCGGCCCCAACCACCGACAGUUCUUACACUUCCACGUACAAGAGCACCACGACUCUGCCCAAUGGAAGCUUGAGCACCAUCACCUCCACGACCAUCGUGCACGUCAACCCGACCGGUUCGUCCGGGAGUUCGACCACCGCCGGCUCUGCCCCUGGCCUGCAGACUGGUGCGGCUGCUCUGACCACCGCCGGUCUCACCCGUGAGGUUGUCGCCAUGCUCGGCGGGGCUGUGGUGUUCGCAAUGGCUCUAUGA